AUGCGAUCCGGCGGUCAGCUGCUGGUGCUGCUCGCGCUUGUCACGUGGAGCACGGCUCGUUCGCCCACGUUCCCCGGCGGCACUUCAUCGUCACAAACUGCAUCGGCAUCAUCGUCGGAGCCACGUGGCGAGCAUGUGUGCACCGUCAAGACGAUGUACGUUUUACUAAUGUGCUCUGCACAUUCUUUGAGAAAAAAAAAACAUUUGAAAAGCUGGGUCCGUUGAAAAUAAGCUGUGACCCUCCUCACAGGUGUUUGACAAGGGAAACGGUCACUUGUGGGCACAGAAGUAGAUAAAUAUUGUUUUAGGCCCAAAAACUAGAGGAUUAGGGAUUAGCGCGGCGAAUGGAAGCAUUCGAAAAAGACACUAUUCUAAUGGGGUUAUUCAGGCUGUGAAAAAAAUGAUUUUUUUUGCCGUUUUUUUCGUUUUUUUACGUCAAAAAACCCAAUUCAGCGGUGUAAAAAAACGAAAAAAAACGGAUGACAAACAUACGCUGAAUAGCCCCAUAAACAGACUUGCCGAAAAUCGGUCAGAGUUUAAGGAAAAGUGACAAAAAUGACUUUUUUUCUUUUUUGCAGCGUGGACGACUACGAACUGCGGAAAGUGAUCCACAACGUGGUGUACAACGACACGGAACAGUGCCUCAACCCGCUCACCGGAUUCCAGUGCAUCGUCGAAAAGUUUGUACUUUUACGGACAACUUUUAGGAGCACAUUUUUUUUAAACUUUCGCUUUCAGACGAGGCCAAAAAGCGUCGUAUCAGCGGCAGUUGGUGAAAAAGGAGAAAUAUGUGAAGCAGUGCUGCGAAGGAUAUUAUCAGACCAAGGAGAAUCUGUGUCUCGGUGAGUUUAGCUGCAAUUUCGCAAAUUCGAACAGGAAAGUACUUUUCUUUCAGCCGACUGCAAUCCUCCGUGCAAGAAAGGAAAGUGUGUGGAGCCGCAACAGUGCGAAUGCGAUCCGGGAUACGGCGGAAAGUAUUGUGCCGCCUGUGAGUUUGUCUGGCCUAAAAUUUAAUAAAAACUCAACGAAGUUGGGGACUUGACGCCUUUCUCGACGGCGGGUCUCGCACCGGUCGUCGAGAAACGCGUCAAGUCGAAUGCAUAGUGCUCUUUUUUAAACAACGUUUCUCGAAAAUAAUUUUUUCCCAUUUUUCAGCGUGCUCGACCGGCUUCUGGGGCCUCGGCUGCUCGAAAAAAUGCGACUGCGAGAACGGCGCCAACUGCGAUCCGGAGACGGGCGCGUGCGUGUGCCUGAGCGGCUUCCGCGGAGAUCGAUGCGAAGAAGAGUGCCCGGCCGACAAGUGGGGUCCGAAUUGUCAAAAGUCGUGUCCGUGCCAGAACGGCGGCAAGUGCAAUCACGAGGGAAAGUGCAUUUGUACCGACGGAUUCGGCGGAGAGUUUUGUCUCAACAAGUGCGAUGAGGUAGGAGUGUUUCCGAAAAAAUUUUCAAAAAAAAACCUAUUCUUUUUGCAGGGAAAAUUCGGUGCGGACUGCAAAUUCGAGUGCACGUGCCAAAACGGCGCCACAUGCGACCACGUGAACGGAAAGUGCCUCUGCCAUGCGGGCUUCUACGGCGCGCUCUGCGAACUUCCGUGCCCGGCCGGACUAUUCGGUGCCGGCUGCGAGGACAAGUGCAAGUGUCUGAACAACCAGGACUGCGACAGUGCCACCGGCGAGUGCCUCUGCGUCGGCUGGACCGGAAAGCAGUGCGACGUCGGAUGCGCGCGUGGACGUCACGGUCUGCAGUGCGCCUCCAAGUGCACGUGCCCCGGACUCGAGUUUGCCGAUUCGAAUGCGUCGUGCGACGCGAAAACCGGCGAAUGCGAGUGCGAACGCGGCUACAAGGGCGAGAAGUGCGACGAGCGGACUUGCUCCCCGGACACGUACGGAACGGGCUGCGCGAAGCAGUGCUCGUGCGUCAUGAACAACACGCUCAUGUGCGCGCCGAACACUGGAUUCUGCAGGUGUAAACCCGGAUUCUAUGGCGACAACUGUGAAUCGGCGUGUGCCAAGGACUCGUGGGGACCGAAUUGCGAGAAGCAGUGCUCGUGCGACUGGCAAAACGCCUCCGAAUGCGAGCCAACCACCGGAAUUUGCCUUUGCAAACCAGGAAAAACCGGAUCGAAGUGCGAUCAACCGUGUGGACUCGAAAACUGGGGACCCGGAUGUCGCAACAAGUGCGAAUGCAACGGAAAAGGCGCCGAGUGCGCGUCGAUCGACGGAAAGUGUCAGUGCGAUUCGGGAUGGACCGGUCACCGCUGUGAGCAUCAAUGCCCCGCCGACACGUACGGUCCGAACUGCGAGAAGCGAUGUCAGUGCCCGCGAGGUGUCGGAUGUUCGCCGCAAACCGGCGAAUGCACGUGUCCGCCCGGACUCCAGGGACCGAAAUGCGAUUUGAGUUGUCCGGAAGGCGCCUAUGGACCCGGAUGCAAGUUGCAUUGUAAGUGCGCCAACGGAAAAUGCGACAAAGCGACAGGAGAGUGUGCAUGUGAACCCGGGAACUUUGGCGCCGACUGCUCGACCACAUGCCCCAAGGGCAAGUACGGAGAGAGCUGCGAGCUUUCGUGUGAUUGUGGCGACGCCCACUGCUCCAAACAGACUGGAAAGUGUGUGUGUGAGCUCGGAACGCGUGGCGCCAAAUGUGAGCACAAGUGCGAGCACCUCUCGUUUGGUUUUCUCUGCCAAUCCUCGUGCUCCACGUGCUCGCACAACUCGGCCGCCAAUCCGAACCUCUGCGACAACCGCAACGGCGUCUGCCUCGUCUGCGAUCCGGGAUCUUCGGGAAUUCUGUGCGAACACAACUGCCCGACGGGGACCUUUGGCUCGGAGUGCUCGCAGAAAUGCGAGUGUGCCGAUGGUCACGGUUGCGACCCAAUCACCGGAAAAUGCAUUUGCGAGCCCGGAUAUCAGGGAGCGAAUUGCGACGCGAAAUGCGCCGAAGGCCGAUGGGGAUACGGAUGCGAGAACGUGUGCCCGGCGUGCGGGAACGGUGCCACGUGCAACCACGUCGACGGCACGUGCGUCUGUCCGUCGGGACUCGAAGGCGCGCUCUGCACACGGCCGUGCUCAUCCGGAUUCUGGGGAAACGCGUGUCGACAGGUAUGCAAGUGCACGUCGGAGUUCAAGCAGUGCAACGCGCAGACCGGAGAGUGCAGUUGUCCAGCCGGUAUCAAGAACAUUUGAGGAACUCUUUUCUAAACGAAACCAUUUUCCAGGAUUCCAAGGAGAUCGAUGCGAUAAACCGUGCGAGGACGGCUUCUACGGACCGGAUUGCAUCAAAAAGUGCAAGUGUCAGGGAACGGCGACCGCCUCUUGCAAUCGCGUCAGCGGCGCGUGCCAGUGUCAUCCCGGAUUCACCGGAGAGUUCUGCCAUGCUCGUGAGUUGGAUUGUAGUAUUCAUAGGUGCGCGAUGUUGGAGAAACGCCAAAAAAUUUCCGAACCAGCCCCCUUUUUCUUUUGCUUUUGCUAGAGCGUUCUAGAAAUUUUACUAUCAGAGCAUUUAUGUGUGAAUGCGCUCUGCUUCAAUUGUGUAAAAAUAGAGAAAGUUCUUCCAGAAUUCACGUAAACUUUAAAAACAAAACCCGCAUCCUUAUUUCAGUGUGCCCUGAGGGUCGAUUCGGUCUGCGAUGCGUGAACGAGUGUCCCCGAGAGUGCGGCGACGGCUACGAAUGCGACGCGGCGAUCGGUUGUUGCCACGUGGAUCAGCUGAGUUGCGGAAAGGCGAAACAAGAGUUCGAGGCGUUGCGCGGCGGCAAGUCGACGGGCGCCACGUGGCUCGUCAUUCUGCUCGCGAUCGCCAUUUGCGGAGUGCUCGCGCUCGUCGCCCUCUUCUACCGGAACAAGUAUCGCAAGGAGAAGGACCCCGACAUGCCCACCGUCUCGUUCGUUUCUUUUUUUGUCUUUUCUAUCGUUUCGGGCAGAAUUGAAUCAACUUUUUGCAGAUUCCACAAAGCGCCGACGGGCGACGAAGGAACGGAAUUCCAGAAUCCGCUGUACUCUCGCCAAUCCGUCUUCCCGGAUUCGGAUCAUUUUUCGCAAAUCCCGCACGAAUCUUCGGCGAAUAACGGCGGAAUUUUGACGAUCGAAGAGGAGGAGUUGGAGAACAAGAAGAUUCGAGGCGCGAAUUCCGGAGCGCCAAGAAAUAGUGGGUGUUUUUGAAAAAAACUUGUUAAGAAAUACAUUGUUUGCAGACGACUACGCAUCGCUUGAUGAGUUCGCCGCCGAAGGACCGUCCUCAUCGGGACCGCCGUCGCGAAGAGGUGCUUCAGAAUCCCGGCCCCUUCUCCAGAACGGAGAAGGAGAAGAAGAAGAAGAAGAGGAGGAGGAGGAGGAGUUCGACGAGCCGCACGAGAAUCUGAACGGAGGAGGUGUGCCACCGCAUUCCGACGCGAAACGUCGAUGACAUUUCGACGUUUUUUUCGCAUUUUCCCUCUAAUUUUUCUCAUUCGAAAUGCAUUUUGUGUCACGUUUUUGUGUGAGUUUGUCCGCUCCCCCCGCAUGUACAUAUCGUUUUUCCGCUAAUUUUUCACUCAAACCCUCUAAAAGCAUGUGGUUUUUUCGAAAAUUUAAAUUCCCGGUGAUUCUUGGUGAUUGGUGCCCUUUUUCUGUGCAGGUUACCCAUUUUGCAACCAGCGGGACGUUUCGAAACCGUUUUUUUUCGAUUUUUCAACGAAUUUCGCUUUGGUUGCGAAGCGGCGUUAUGCGGACGUUUUACAACCGAAAAUGGUUGCGAAACGUCCACUCUAUGUCUCUCUCUCUCUCUCUCUCCCUCUCUCUUUCUCUUCCAAAUGUUGUGUGCCGAAAGCCCCCCGUUUGAUUCCGUGCGGUAAGUCCCUUUUUCCCACUUGUUCUUUCUUUCUUUCUUCCCGUUUUUCUCCAGCUUUUUCUCUGUGUUACAGUAACCGUUUGUGUCACAAAUUCACACGAACCACCCAAUCCGAAAAACCACGUGUCACCGGGGCAAGAUGUCGCCGCAAAAAUGCGUGCAUUUUCGUGGCGACACCUUGAGAUGACGGUAGUUUGUUUCAAAGUGAACGUGUCCCUAGUGUCCUAGUCGGGAAUAGGCGAAUGAUUUGAAAACAAAAACGAAAAUUCUGUCGCCAAACGAGGACCUCAAUUUUAUGUUUUCAGAAAAUCCGUACGCGCACAUUGGCUCACCGGACCCGGCGGUCCAGAAUUCGGCCAACGCUCAGCGCGCCCAGGACAAUGUGUACACUUGA